AUGGCGAUUGACAUGCCACCGACCAGACUAAUAUUAGCCUACGUGCUCGAUUGGGUCUUGCUCAUUUGCAUCGUAGCAGUCGCCGGAGGAAUAAGUUUCGUAACACCCUACCACCGUCCCUUCUCCCUCAUCGACCUCGCCAUCAGUUAUCCCUAUGUCGAAAGCGACGAAAUCUCCACCGCACUCCUAGUAGUCCUCUCCUUGAUCCUUCCUGCCAUUGUCAUCGCCAUCGUCACCGCUCUCUUCGUCCCGGCCUUUUCCGUCUCCAACUUACGCAACCAACGAUACUGGAAACGCAAACUUUGGGAAUUCAAUGCUGGAUGGAUGGGCCUGGGCCUCAGUUUCGCCCUUGCCUUUUUCGUGACCACGGGAAUCAAGAAUUUGAUCGGCAAGCCCAGGCCGGAUUUGCUGGCGAGGUGCCAACCGGAUUUGAAUGAUAUCGCAGCUCACGUGGUUGGUGGCUACGGUCAAGACAUCUCUCAGCGCUGGACGUUGGUUUCGUCCUCCAUUUGCACCACCAUGGAUAAAAAGCGAUUAGACGAAGGCUUCCGCAGUUUUUUGAGCGGGCAUUCGUCGAUGAGUUGGUCAGGGUUGCUGUAUCUGUCGCUGUGGCUGGCGUCGAAAUUCAACAUGCUGAUUCCGUACUUGGGUCACGGCACUCCCAGCAAACGCAACGAGGAAGACGAGGAAGAUCAGCAAGAAGCCAGGGAACGCGCAGCCGCACCGCCGGUCUUUGGCGCCAUCAUCGUUCUCAUCCCCGUCUGUCUCGCUUUUUACAUUUGCUCGACUCGCUACGUGGAUUUCAAGCAUCAGGGCAUUGAUAUCUUUUCUGGCAGUGUGUUGGGGAUUGUGACUGCUUGGAUUGGGUUUAGAUGGUAUCAUGGCAGUUUGACGAGGGGCCAGCCUUGGACGUGGAGUCCGAGGUCCAAGGAUCGCGCUUUUGCGGUUUCGAGUGGGACGAAUGGGUGGACUAGUGGCGAGGGGAUUGUCAUGAGGGAGAGGAUGCAAAGGGGGAGGGAGAUUGAUGUUGAGGCUGGUGGGUCUGGUGAUCCGAUUGUUAAGCCGUGA